UCGCCAUUUUGAGUGUGGAAAUGCGUUGCGGGUUUAAAUCACACACCUAAUUAAAAACACACUACACACGGCACAGGAAGCAGAAUCGCACAUUCCCAACAGACAAACCCCGCGUGUGUUUAGUAUAAUAAAGCUUCCACUCCAACAGGCAGUACAACAUCGGUUGCAUAACUUCCAAGCGUUGCACAACGUAUAGGUCGUGCAUUGCCUCCAGUGUCUUUUGCCUCACCUGUCAUGGAGGAAAAGAGCUGCCGGGUUUGCUGUUACAUAUCCCUGUGACGUUGCAACCGGCGAAAUAUUACUUAAGCGACUUUUAUAGCUCACCUCUGCGGAAAAGUUCUCGCAUCAUCAGAUUAACCCAGCAGCCGGCAGGAAAAAAUAAACAUACAGUAUGGCUCUCAGAGGUGCUGUCACCCGCCUGCUCUCCAACAGCCAAAAAUGUGCUGCUGUCACUGUGUCUAGAGCCCAGGGCACAGCUGCUACCGCUGCCAAAGAUGCUGAAGUAAAUAGAAAGCCAACAAAGGAACCCAAGGUGGCGUUCAACUGGCGGGAUGCACUGAAUCUGGAGGGCCAGCUGACCGAGGAGGAGAUCAUGAUCCGGGAUUCUUUCCGCGACUACUGUCAGGAAAAACUCAUGCCCCGCAUCCUCAUGGCCAACAGACAUGAACAUUUCCACCGUGAGAUUGUCUCAGAGAUGGGAGAGUUGGGCAUCUUAGGCCCAACUAUUAAAGGGUACGGCUGUGCAGGCACGAGUUAUGUGGCGUACGGCUUGAUUGCCAGAGAGGUUGAGAGGGUGGACAGCGGGUAUCGGUCGGUCAUGAGUGUCCAGUCUUCCCUGGUCAUGCACCCUAUCAAUGCUUACGGCACUGAGGCCCAAAAGGAGAAGUACCUGCCCCGGCUCGCUCGGGGAGAAAUCCUGGGAUGCUUUGGCUUGACAGAGCCUAACCACGGCAGUGAUCCCAGCAGUAUGGAGACCAAGGCUAAAUACAACCCAUCGAGUGGUACCUUCACCAUCAGUGGAUCCAAAACCUGGAUCACAAAUUCCCCUGUGGCAGACAUUGCAGUGGUGUGGGCCAAGUGUGAAGAUGGUAAGGUGCGGGGUUUCAUCUUGGAGCGUGGAAUGAAGGGGUUGGCCACCCCCAAGAUUGAGGGCAAGUUCUCGCUGAGGGCGUCCGCCACCGGGAUGAUCCUGAUGGACGAGGUGGAAGUUCCCCAGGAGAACCUGCUGCCCAACGUCUCUGGUCUGGCUGGUCCUUUUGGCUGUCUGAACAACGCCCGGUAUGGCAUUGCAUGGGGAGCCUUGGGAGCAGCUGAGUUCUGCUUCCAUGCUGCACGGCAGUACACGCUGGACAGAAUCCAAUUUGGGGUGCCACUGGCCAGGAACCAGCUGAUGCAGAAGAAAAUGGCUGACAUGCUGACAGAGAUCACCCUUGGGCUGCAGUCUUGUCUGACCCUGGGAAGACUUAUUGAUCAGAAGAAAGCAGCACCAGAUAUGAUCUCCAUGCUAAAGAGGAAUAGCUGUGGCAAGGCUUUAGAUAUUGCCAGACAAGCCAGAGACAUGCUGGGAGGAAAUGGCAUCGCAGAUGAGUACCACAUAAUCCGCCACGUCAUGAACCUGGAGGCCGUCAACACAUAUGAGGGAACUCACGACAUCCAUGCCUUGAUCCUGGGCAGAGCCAUCACUGGACUGCAGUCUUUUACUGUUGACAAUUAAAGGUGGAAAUGGACUUGGAUCAGUGCUGUGCUACCUGUUGGCCAUUGGGCAAAACUCAUGUGUAUAGAAAUAUAAAGUGCACUUAAUCUGUCUCGAAUUAUGAGCAUUGGCUGGUGGGAUGAAUCUCAAAUAGCUCAUUGCAUUUGUGUUUUCAAACUAUGAGCCGUCUAUUACUGCCUCUGUUCGUUAUCUUUGGUGAAAACGUAAGGUCAACAUAACAAAAGCAUUGCGUCCAACUGGGAUGACAUUUGUAAUGAAAAUGCCCAAAAUAUACUUCACAUACUGACUAUGUAGGGAGCAUGUAAAUGUGGCAUUAUAUGUUGGUUUAUUUUGUGAUUAAUUAAAUAUGUAAAUACAUGGUUUUGAAGGAGUGGAAAUAUGA